AUGCGGGUUUUCAGGCAGCUGUCGCACGAGUUGCGUCGAGCUUCCGGGCACAGGGACCCUCUUCUCACAUAUGGUCGUCGGCGAAUAGAAACCCUGGCCAAACAGUCACCAAUCGCCAUUGUCCAGCAACAGCCCUUUGAGGAGCAGAGGCACAAUCGUACAAGGCUAAUGAACGGCACGCUGUUUGAUCAAGACACUGGUAAAUGCACAGUGAGCCCGGUGUACCUGCGCCAGGCAUGUACGUGCAACAAAUGUGUUGACCCAAGCGAUGGGCAGAGAAACUUCUCGCUUGCUUAUAUCCCGAAGGACAUUGAGAUUCGCAAUCACCACCAAGACGAGCACGGGAACCAUGUUGUUCAGUGGUCUAAAGACGCCCCUGGCUUUGAUUCUGACCAUGUCUCUGUGUAUUCAGUCGGGAAGGUAAAGGCCGAAGUCAUCUCGCAUAAAAUGGCAAACAGAGGAAUGUAUGACCGGUACCAACAACUCUGGAACGGCAAACGCUUCCCUCUGGAGCAAACCACAAUUCCGUAUGACGACUACAUGUCAAGUCCAGAAAGUCUUGCCCUAGCUUUGCAUUAUCUGUGGCGAUAUGGCUUGAUCUUCAUCAGGGACGUACCGCCGGACGAGGAUUCUGUCAGCAAACUCGCUGAGCGAAUUGCACUACUUCGCAAUACCUUCUAUGGGAAGACAUGGGACGUGCGUUCCAAACCAAACGCGGAAAAUGUUGCAUACACAAGUCGGUAUCUGGGCUUCCAUAUGGACCUUCUGUACAUGAAGGAGCCACCAGGGCUCCAAUUAUUGCACUGUAUUGAAAACACCUGCGAGGGUGGCGAAUCAGCCUUCGCAGACACAUUCCAGGCCCUAUAUCAUUUAGCACGGCAUAAACCCAUGCUUUACACACAACUGCUCGGAAAACAGAUCACCUACGGAUACCAGAACGGGCCUUACUCCUACUUCGACACCAAGAACCUGGUAUCACGGACCCUCCCCACAGCGCCGGAAAAAAAGAAACGGUUCACCCAAAAAGUCGACCACCAGACUUACCAACUGAUGCGAACGGUUGACAGGGUCUACUGGAGCCCACCGUUCAUCUCCUCAAAUCUCGACUUGGCGUUUUCAGGUUCCCGGCGGCAGAUUGAGCUAGGCCAGGGAGCCAUGAAAGCUUUUUCCGAUGCUCUCGAGAAUGACGGUCUGCGCGUUGAGACCAAGCUCCCGGCCGGUACUUGCGCAAUCUUCGACAACUUGCGGAUCGUGCACGCGAGGAAAGCCUUCAACACCAACAGCGGCCAUCGAUGGCUCCGUGGCGCUUACCUAGAUUAUCAAGAUUUCGUCAGCAAGGCGGAAGAAUUGCGAUCACUGAUGCCAGAGGACGCACCAUCAAUAUAG